AUGAAUCAGAGAGAUGGCCGUUGCAUGUUGAAGAUCUUUGAAGUCUGUUCGACCGGAGUGCUUCCAGGUCGUUGCGUGAUUCUGAUGGAACGUGAUCUCCACAGACUACAGGACCAAUAUCAGCAAACCCUCCAAAGUGCAAUGACCAAGCUUGAUAAAGAGUUUCUUAGAAAAAUGCAGGCAACGUAUUUCCGUUGUGGUUUGCAAUGUUCGGAAAACUCCGACAUCUCCGUCACUGAUGUACAACGGUGCAUCGAGCGCUGCGAAUCCCCUCUGUCACAAGCACAGAAUCUUAUGCAGUCCGAACUCUCCUCUUUUCAGAACCGAGUGCAACAGUGUAGUUCUGAAUGUGCGAAUCGUGCAAGAGAUGGACUGAAACCAGAACCCUCCGAUGAAGAAAUCCGAAAGGCGCAACAAAAAGCCUUCAAAUGUGCACAGAAUUGUGUCGAAACCCAACUUUCAUCUGGGUUACCUGCCCUUGUGGAGCGGUUGCGGGCUCAGCUGCAGAAACUCAAAGCUGAUCAGUUGAAGAUGAUUUGAUAGUUAGACACAGUACUGCAUUUCGCAUACUGUCGGCAAUACAGUCUUUGA